AGCAGUGUGCAAAGCCUGUGUUUCCCCCUCCAGUGUCGCCAACACACGUUUUGACGUUGCUGCGCCUUGCUGGGUGAUUGGCGAGCUAAGAUGGCGGCGCCAGAGGAGCCCGAAUUAUCUCAGGCGCAGACGGAAAAACUCCUCCAAUUUCAGGACCUCACUGGUUUGGAAUCUAUGGACCAAUGUCGUCGCACAUUAGAACAACAUAACUGGAACAUUGAGGCUGCAGUACAAGACAGACUUAAUGAGCAGGAAGGAGUACCCAGUGUGUUCAACCCUCCACCAUCCAGACCUUUACAGGUCAAUACAGCAGACCACAGAGUAUAUAGUUAUAUUGUCUCCAGGCCGCAACCCAGGGGCUUGCUGGGAUGGAGUUAUUACUUGAUAAUGUUACCUUUCAGAUUUACAUAUUACACACUCCUGGACAUAUUCAGGUUUGCCCUGCGGUUCGUCAGACCAGACCCUCGCGGUCGUGUUACAGACCCUGUUGGAGAUGUUGUGUCCUUCAUUCAUAGUUUUGAGGAGAAGUAUGGCCGCUCACAUCCUGUUUUUUACCAGGGAACGUACAGCCAGGCACUAAACGAUGCCAAAGGGGAGCUCCGUUACCUUUUAGUGUAUCUUCAUGGAGACGAUCAUCAAGACACUGAUGAGUUUUGCCGCUCCACACUAUGUACAGAAGAAGUGAUAACCUUCCUCAACGCCCGAAUGCUGUUCUGGGCAUGCUCAACGAACAAACCUGAGGGCUACAGAGUGUCCCAAGCUCUGCGGGAGAACACUUACCCAUUCCUGGCCAUGAUCAUGUUGAAGGACCGCAAGAUGACAGUGGUGGGUAGGCUUGAGGGUCUCAUUCAGCCCGAGGACUUCAUCAAUCAGCUCAACUUUAUCAUGGAAGCCAACCAAACAUAUCUGAUGUCUGAAAGAAUGGAACGGGAGGAGAGGAGUCAGACACAAGUGCUACGACAGCAGCAGGACGAGGCGUACUUGGCCUCCCUGCGUGCCGACCAGGAGAAGGACCGAAAGAAAAGGGAAGAGGAGGAGCAAAGGAGGCAAGAAGAGGAGAAGGUCCUACAGAGUGUCCUUGCUGAGGAGAGGCGGCGACGAACUCUUGAAGAGGAGAAGGAGAGGAAGUCAGAAUGUCUCCCACCCGAGCCGCUUGCUGAUGACCCUGAGAGCGUCAAAAUAGUCUUCAAGCUGCCCAAUGACACACGAGUAGAAAGACGAUUCCUCUUUGGCCAAUCUCUUACGGAGGAGGAAGGCAGCAAAGCAGAGAGAGCUGUCCGCUGAACAUUACCGAGCAUGCUGGGAGCUGCUGAGUGGUGCACCCUGGUAAAUGCUGGCCAGUGUGGAUGGGAAAUCCAUGGGUUGUCACCGUCGUAAUAGUAUAUGAUAUUGGAACGGAUCCCUGGUGCAUCUGGAGAAGAAAAAAACACAAGUGGACAUAGUGGUUGAGUGACAGGUAUAGUCUUGUGAAACUAGGAAUAUUGUUAAUCAUAUUUCCUUAAAUAGUUGCCUAGCGCCAAUAAAAAGGGUACAAAUAAAAGACACCCCCAAUAAAUGAGUCACCCCAAAUAGACAUUUAUUUAUUUUGAAAUUACUGAUUUAGAGUGUAUUAAAUGCGUUUUUGAGCCAAAUUAGCAAACUUGUGGGGUCACAAAUCCAUUAUUCGCACUAAGACGGUAUUAAUGAGUCAAUGAAAGAAUUGCAAAUAUGCAAGGAUUUGCUGCACAUGACAGAAGACGACAGCCACAAACUAUAAUAUCAAGUAAGUCUUGAUGUGCUACCUGCUCAUGUAGAUCCACCAUGAUGGGGUUCUGUUGAGGCAAGUGGGCAGCAGGGUGAAGCAUGCGUGGCUGAGAGCUGGUGUGGCUGAAUUGUCUGGACUCAUCUAUAGGAACCUGUUGGUGAUGUUGGGAGAAAAGCAGAUGAUGGAGAGUCUCAUCGUGGACCAGAGAAGUGUGUAGCACAGGUCUGUCUCGUCUCCCCCACUGACGUCUCACUUGUGGGCUGCGAAAUGAGAAACAAUCAGUCACAUAAUUGACAAUAUGAGCACUAUGUGAUAAGAGAUUAGCAGAGGAAUGUAACACUGCAAGUGUAAAGCUUGUUAUUGAAUACAAUCACAUCUCUUCUUAUACCUCCUGAGAUGCACAGGGAUGUUACAGGGCUCUCCAAGAAACCUCCUUGGGUUCAAGGGGGCUGUUGGGGGCAGCCUAUUUACUGCUACUUCCCAUGGUCGCAUUGGUGACGUCGUGUAGACGAGUCACGCUCUGGGAAAGGAAACUGCUCAGUGCAGGCACUUGGAUGUUGCCUUUGAUUGUCUUAACCCUGAAAAAGUCCAACAAUGGAAGAAAUUAGGAGUUGCACUUCAAAAACACACAUAAAUCAACCUUAACACAAAGUGCUGUGGCAGAAAGUUAAAAAAAACAAUUAAGUUCAUUAGGGCACAUACACUUCUAAGUUGCUUAGGUUUACAAAUCACUCGAAUCGCAACUCUUAUUACAUACCUAAAUUAAUUUCUGUAAGGCUUUUCAGACCAUCUCCGUCAUUAAGUUGCUGCACGUAUACUUAAUAAGGAGGACCUCAAGUUCUAAAAAUGUUUUAUUAUAACUUACAGUAUAUACAAAAUAAUAUAAUGUGAAAAGAGGUUUGAACCAAGAAUUGGGUUGAAUCAAAACCUGAUUCUGAAUCUGAUUGUCAGCCCUAAGAAUAAGUACUAAAUUGAAUCGUGAGUUGUUCAAAUCGCUACAUCUCAAUGCAUAUGACAAUACAUAACCAGAUCUCCUUUGCGUCUUUCCACCUAAAAAAAAAGUUGAACAAAAGAACAUGGUAGAUUUGAUAGUUUAGUGAGGUCCUCAAACUUGACUAAAUAGAGGCUCUAAGAUUUGCAACAAAGUUUCCGUAAUUGACCCUUCGAAAGGUUCACGUACGGGAUUUCCCACCGAGAGGAUAAACAAAUUUAGGUUUAGUAUUUUCUACAUUGUUUUGUUUGGUUCCGUAGCCUGUCACUCAACUUCCUAUUAGCGCAUGACUUUUAAAUUGUACAAAGAGUUUCCAGAUACAUUUUCAGAGAUCUUGAGUCAUUCUGCCAUGCAAAUUGAUUUGAUUAAGGCCUUUUUAAUCAGAUUGAUAGACAAAUUCACCCGCAUUCACAUACAUUUUGACUGCAUUUGAGAUUGUACAACAUUUGACCAUAAUAUUGUGUAUGUCUUUCCAAUAUUUUGCCCAUGUCACACAGCUAAAUUUGUUAACCCAAUUAUGAGAAAAAAAAACCCUCCUCAGUAUGAUGCAGAGCUUUCUCACACAACAAUCACAGCAAUAAACGUAAAGAAUUAA